AAUUGUACUUAGCUAGAAAAAGGAAGUAGAGUAGCUGGCUAGCAGUUAUUAGUCAGCUCGAAAAGCCAGCCAGUAGGUUUGAAAAGGAUGUACAAUUCAACGUAUUUUACUACAAGACAGGUUUUAAUAUUCGGGUAAGAUAGCAAUAGCAAACAGGUACACCACCUUGUAGAUACAUAACUUUGCGGGUUGCUUAUGUUUUUGACUGUUAGCUAAUUUAAUUGCGUAAUUUUACUGCUUGAUUCUGAACGACAACGUCCUUAGCUAACAGGCUAACGUUAGCUGAAUGUAUUUGGUUAGCCAGUCUUGAUUUAAUCAACAAGGGAACUACAAAAGCAGCUUUUUAAAUUAUCCGUCAGUUGUAUGCGGGAAACACAAUAAGGAAAGGAGUCAUCUUAGACGAUGAGAAAAACAACUGAACAAGGUGCUGGGUGGUGAGAGAAAAGAAGGCAGUGUGGACGGCAUGCUGAGGCGACUACACCUGCCCCAGAAUGAGUGUCAAUGAUGGCGAAGGCGGAGCAGCUAGCAAAGAUGGGCGGGCCUACAGCCUGCAGGUUUACCCACGGCUCUCAGCGGACUGCCCACCUUGCUGUUCCCUCAAGGUGCCCAAGGAUGCCACGGCUGCCUCUGUCAUCCAGGACGCAGCCUCGGCCCUGGGUGUGGACCCGCAACGCCUCUACGUGUUGGCUGAGGUGAAGGAGUGCGGCGGGGAGGAGUGGGUGCUGGAGUCGGGGGACCUCCCCGUCCAGAGGGUCCUGCUGUGGCCUCGCAAAGCCCAGGAGCAGCACCCCCAGAGCGAGGGCUUCUACUUCGUUCUCCAGGAGAGGAACCGCGACGGCACCAUCCACUACGUCCACCUUCCCGUCCUCUGCAAGGAGCAGGAAGCACAGAGGUUGGCGGCCAGAGGCUUCCUCCCCCCGCGCCAGGAGGACUUUGAUGACCUGUGCAACCUCCCAGUGCUCAAUGAGAGCAGCAUCCUGGAUAACCUGCGCAACCGCUUCCACAAGAAAAAGAUCUACACCUAUGCCGGGUCUAUUCUCAUUGCCAUCAACCCCUUCAAGUUCCUACCCAUCUACAACCCCAAGUACGUCAAGAUGUACGAGAACCAUCAGCUGGGGAAACUGGAGCCGCACAUCUUUGCCAUCGCGGACGUGGCCUACUACGCCAUGCUAAGAAAGAGGGUAAACCAGUGCAUCGUUAUUUCUGGGGAGAGUGGCUCAGGAAAGACGCAGAGCACCAACUUUCUCAUCCACUGUCUGACUGCCCUCAGCCAGAAGGGCUAUGCCAGUGGAGUGGAGAGGACCAUCUUGGGUGCUGGGCCUGUGCUGGAGGCGUUUGGGAAUGCCAAGACGGCCCACAACAACAACUCCAGCCGUUUUGGGAAGUUCAUCCAGGUCAACUACUUGGAGAGCGGGGUGGUGAGAGGGGCAAUCGUGGAGAAGUAUCUCCUGGAGAAGUCUCGCCUGGUCUCCAGAGAAAAGAAUGAGAGGAACUACCAUGUGUUUUACUAUCUACUGGUGGGAGCGUCCGAGGAGGAGCGCAAGGAGUUCAAACUCCUGCAGCCUGAAGAUUACCUCUACCUCAAGCAGCAAAACUUUAAGAUCGAAGAUGAAGAAGACCUGCGUCAUGAUUUUGAGAGGCUGCAGCAGGCCAUGGAGAUGGUGGGCUUCCUGUCUGCCACUAAGAAACAGAUCUUCUCUGUGCUGUCGGCCAUCUUGUACCUGGGCAACGUGACGUACAGGAAGACGUCUACAGGCCGAGACGAGGGACUGGACGUGGGACCACCGGAAGUCCUGGCUACCCUCUCAGACCUGCUCAAGGUGGAAGAAGAGUUGCUGGUCGAGGCACUAACUAAGAGGAAAACGGUGACAGUCAAUGACAAGCUGAUUCUGCCCUACAGCCACAGUGAGGCCAUCACUGCAAGAGACUCCAUGGCCAAGUCUCUGUACAGUGCACUGUUCAACUGGAUUGUCCUGCGCAUCAAUCAUGCACUGCUCAAUAAGAAAGACAUGGAGGAAUCUGUCCCAUGUUUGUCAAUAGGGGUCCUGGACAUAUUUGGCUUUGAGGACUUUGAGACCAACAGCUUUGAGCAGUUCUGUAUCAACUAUGCAAACGAGCAGCUUCAGUAUUACUUCAACCAGCACAUCUUCAAACUUGAGCAGGAGGAGUACCAGGCGGAGGGCAUCACCUGGCACAACAUAGACUACACUGACAACGUGGGCUGCAUCCACCUCAUCAGCAAGAAGCCCACUGGUCUCCUGUAUCUACUGGAUGAGGAGAGCAACUUCCCCCAUGCCACUGAUAAGACCCUGCUGGCCAAGUUUAAGCAGCAGCACCAGGAGAAUAAGUACUUUGUGCCCACGCCUGUGAUGGAGCCUGCCUUUGUCAUUCACCACUUUGCUGGGAAAGUCAAAUACCAGAUCAAGGACUUCCGGGAGAAGAAUACGGACCACAUGCGUCCAGACAUUGUGGCUCUAUUACGCAGCAGUGACCGGGCCUACGUGCGUCAGCUGAUUGGGAUGGACCCUGUGGCCAUGUUCCGCUGGGGCAUCCUGCGAGCCACCAUUAGGGGGAUGGCUGCCUUCAACGAGGCUGGACGCCGCUGGGCCGCCAAGACCGCAGGUGUGCAGCGCCCCACUUCCAGGACUCCUUUGGGGGAGUUGCAGAGGUCCAACACGCCUGUAGAAAGGAUGUACCGGGACAUGCAUGCACAGAUAAUCAGCUCCAUUAAGGACUUGCAGCUGGAUGGUGAAGACCCUCGCAAGCUGCUGCAGUCCUGGGGUCGCCUGCGGUUCCCUCGACACCUCCUUCAGAAAAACAAGAACGCGAAGCAGAAACAGAUCAUACCCAAGAGCCUGUUGGACUCUCGCUCCCUGAAGUUCAUCGUCGGUCGGACCAUCCACGACCGCUCCACCAAGUCUCUGCAUCACCUCAACAAGAAGAAGAAGACUCCCAGCAUCAGCGCUCAGUUCCAGACCUCUCUGACAAAGCUGCUGGAGAAUCUGGGCAGAGCAGAGCCCUUCUUCGUCCGCUGUAUUCGCUCCAACUCUGAGAAGAAGGAGAUGUGUCUGAAUGAGACCCUGGUGCUGCAGCAGCUUCGCUACACAGGCAUGCUGGAGACUGUUCGCAUCCGAAGGUCUGGCUAUGGAGCCAAGUACACCUUCCAGGAAUUCAUCGAGCAAUUCCGAGUGCUGCUGCCCAGAAACGCCACACCCUCCAAGCCAGAGGACAUCUCAGCCUUGUUCCAGAGGAUGAAUCUAGACCACACCACCUACCAGAUAGGCAAAACCAAGGUUUACCUGAAGGAACUAGAGCGUCAGCAGCUGCAGGACACGCUGCACAAGGACGUGAUGCGUAAGAUCAUCUUCCUGCAGCUCUGGUUCAGGGCGCGCCUGGAGAGGAGGUACUUCUUGGAGAUGAGACAGGCGGCCAUCUUGAUCCAGCGUGCAUGGCGUAGGCAACACAAGGAGAGACGGCGUCAGGCGGCCACACUGAUUCAGGCCGUUUGGAGGGGCUCUAGACAGAGAUCACAGUACCUCCGCAGGCGGACCAGCAUCAAGAAGCUACAGGCUCUGGCCAGAGGACACUCAGCACGGAGGAGGUGCCAUUCAAUACGGGAGGACAGGAGGAAAAAGGAGGAUGAGGAAGAGGAGGCCAGGAGGGAGGAAGCUGCAGCUAGGCUAGUGAGAGAGGCAGAGGAGGCAACCCGACUGGAAAUGGAUGCAGAGGAAGAGGCGUUGAGGAGAAAGAAAGAGGCAAAGUGGGAGUCCGCGGAGAGGAGGGCGAGGGAGAAUGAAGAGGCAAGGCUGAGGCAGGCAGAAAGCGUCAAUGAGGAACCUGAGACACAGGAGGAAAUAGAGGCACAGGUGGUAGCUGAAAGGACUCUAGAUGAGAGCCGGCAUUGGGACAAAGUGCCUGUCCAGGACAAGGAGGAGCAGAGGGAGGAAGUGGAAGAUGGCGAAGCUGCAGCUAGUUCACCUUCUGAGAAGGUGGAAAAGGGGAAUGCCUCUGCAGUCUCCCAGCCUGAUAAGGGCAACAGUACACAGGCUGAGGCUGGGCCCCAGCUGGAGGAGGAGAGCCAGGCUGUGGAGGAACAGGAGCAAGCCCACUCCGAGGAGCCCGAGGGGGGGGGGACCACAGAGGCAGCUGCCCCCCACUCACCAGAGAGACACAAGGGGGCUCAGGUGGCUGCGGAGGCUACCCCCUCCGCAGACCCCCAGUCGGGGCAGAAGAAGCUACGUCCUCCCCCCCUCCACAAGGUCACAGCCUCCAGGAGCCAGGAGAAGAGGGAGCUUCGGCGCCAGCGGGGCCUGGAGCACAGCCAGAGAGAGAGUAAGCGGGUCGCCUCGGCAUCCACCAAGGAGGAGCCAUCCCCUAAGGUCAUAGAUCAGGAGGCAGCCAGCCGAGCCGAGGAAAAGCCAAAAGGCCGGACGGAUAGCAAGGAGAUGGACCAGUACACCUUUGUAGCCUGGAAGAAGGACGACAAGGGGAAGAAGGAAGCCAAAGCCACCACCCCUGCUCCUAUACGCCCCAGCACCUUACCCCUGAACCCCCCUGAGCCAAUGGCUAACAGGAACGGCCAUGAGGUCCUGGGUCCAGGCAACCUGACUCGGUACAGCCAACAGGACGCUGUGAAGGAGAAGGCAGAGAAAUGGAAGGAGGGGAAGAUUGAUGUACAACAACCAGAGAGUACCAGUCCUCCUGAGGCCCACAGCAAGGACAGGAUAAAAAAAUAUUCACAGAGUGUUGGAAACUCGUCAUCUUUUGAUGCUAUGUCCCCUGGAUCGGCUGGUGCUAUGUCAAACAGAGAGGUCAGAUCACGUUACCGUAAACGUGCCAAACACAAACGUCGGCUAGCUCGUAGACGCUCGCCUUUUAAGAAAAGUGCAGAAGUGGACUAUUGGACCUGCUUCCCUUUGUCCCCUGUGGGCCCAAGCAGGCCCUUGCACUCAAAGUCCAUGGAUAAGUCUCCUACAGAGGAUGGGUCAAAGGGCAGCAUGAAGAGGAGGACCCAUGACACAUCAGGCCACCAGGACACUGUCCAUACUCAUCCUUCCACCCCAGAGAAACCCUCAGGGUUCCUGAGGAAGAUCCUGAAGAAACGUCCCCAUAAGGAGCCUCAGACCCCUGACGAUGUAGAACUGACCAUGGCCCAGGCCCUGAUCGAACGAGGAGAAGACCCGGCUAGUGGAGGUCGGGCGGUGAGCCGGAACCCCACCAUCAAGAUCAGCCGGGCCACACGGGUCUCAGAGCAGUGGAACGCCUCACUGGACCGGGAGAUUACCAACUCCAACGAGCUCCGACAUCUGGAUGAGUUCCUGGGGAAUCAGGUGAAUGACUUCCGCUCCAGGGGGAAGCAGUUGUCGGCAACCGAGCACAUCUUCGUCACAGCCACCAUGCAGUUCAGAGAGACCAUCAAGGGAAUGUACUCUCUCCCAAAACCCCACAUUGGCUACAACGGUCUGAUGCGUGGCUACCAGAACAAGGUGAUCAGCCUGGCCGGAGACAAGCAGAAGGGUGAGGUGCAGCUGGUGGUCAACCUCUUUCAGUCUGUCCUGGACGGCUUCAUACGGGGAGAGAUCAAGAAGGAGGAGGCAGAACCAGCUAAGCCUGAUAAAACUCGGAAGAAGAGGCGCAAAAAAUACAAGAGUAUGGAGAACCCUUUGGACCAUGUGUUCAGCACGUACCAGGUUAACAUCAUGCAGUCCUGUGACCAGUGCAGCUCCUAUAUCUGGGGCAUGGAGAAAGCCUGCAUGUGUAGCUAUUGCAAGAUGGUGUGCCACAAGAAGUGCCUCUGCAAAAUUGUCACAGACUGCUCCACGUUUUGUGUCAAAAAGAGUGAUGAGGAGUCUGGGGGCCUGCACUUUGGGGUGCGAGUCUGUCUCCUGACCAGCGACAAAAACACUGUUCCCAUGGUGCUGGAGAUGAUGCUGGAGCACGUGGAGAUGAACGGCCUGUACACGGAGGGGAUCUACCGCAAGUCUGGCUCUGCCAACCGCAUGAAGGAGCUCCACCAGCUAAUGGAGACUGACCCCCACGCUGUGUGCCUGGAGGACUACCCCAUCCACACAGUGACGGGGCUGGUCAAACAGUGGCUGAGGGAGCUGCCUGACCCCCUCAUGACCUUCAUUCAUUACAAUGACUUCCUUCGGGCCGUAGAACAUCCUGAAAAGCAAGAACAGCUACAUGCCAUCUACAAAGUGUUGGAACAACUCCCCACCGCAUGCUUCAACACCUUGGAAAGGCUCGUCUUCCAUCUAGUCAGAGUGUCUAAGGAGGAGUCUCACAACCGCAUGUCUCCCAACUCCCUGGCCAUCGUGUUUGCCCCCUGCAUCCUCCGCUGUCCAGACAGCGCCGACCCGCUCAUGAGCAUGAGGGACGUGGCCAAGACCACCACGUGUGUGGAGAUGCUGAUCAACGAGCAGAUCCGAAGCUACAACGAGAAGAUGGAAGAGAUUGAACAGCUGGAGUAUGCCGAGGCUCUGGCCGUCAACCAGCUCAAACUCAAGAGGCAGAACACGCUGCACUGGCAUUUGCCCCUCAGGUUUUCUGCUCCGUACAAAGGAGUGGUGGUGCAUGAGAAAGAGUGCUCUGACCCGACUGUGGUCCCUGGGAACGAUGUUCUGCUGGACUCUGAUACGGAGGCUGAGAAGAACCUGAUGGCGCGAAUCAAGUCCAUCAAACAGGAGAAGGAGGAACUAGCCUACAGACUGCCAGAGCUGGAGCAGCCUGGUUCAGACCAGGAGAACCUGGAUUCUGAGGCGUCGGUGAGCUCUGAGAGCCUGCUGGACGAGCGCUGCCACAACUCUGAGCCCGAAGGCCAAGCUGACCUUGCCCAGAGACCUAAGGCCCCAGGGGGCAUUCCUCUCUCUGCAACCUAGUCUCCUCUGGCUCCACCUCCCGGCCACAACGCCAUCGCCCCAUCAUCCUCGGCACGGUAAAGCUGCCGCCGGGCAUCCGCUCGCAGCCUCCCGCUGCGGCCCUCAACCCCUCCUGCCAGC